AUGACUUUCUUCUCUUUGCAGUUGAACUACAGAGCAAAGUACGAGGACACAAAGUUCAAGAACUGUCUCCCUCCAGACUAUCCCUUCUUCAUCCAGUCCAGAGUCAACGCCUUCAACCUCAGUGAUAACUGUUACAAGUACGAUUGGGAGAAAUCCAAAGCGAAGAAGUUUGAGAUCAAAGGCGACACCAUCUCGAUCCUCGCCGCCCGGGCUCACACAAACAUCGCCAGUGAUGUUAAAUAUAAGAAGGAGUAUGAGAAGAACAAAGGACAGAUGGUCGGAGCCCUCAGCAUUAAUGACGACCCCAAGAUCUUACACUCCGUUCACGUGGCCAAAAUCCAGAGUGACCGUGAAUAUAAAAAGGACUAUGAAAAGAUAAAGACCAAGUACCACGUUCCGCUGGACAUGAUGUCAGUCACCUUGGCUAAGAAGUCCCAGGGCAUCGCCAGCAUGACGGGUUACAGGAAAAUCAGCCCCAACUACCUCCUUCCUCCUGACAGUGUGCUGCUGAGCUUGGCCAAGAAAGCCAACGUCAUCCAGAGUGACAAUGACUACAAGUCCGACUACAACAUCUACACCAAGGGAACCCCGUGGAUUCCCUUCGGCUCCCUGGAGGUGGAGAAGAAUAAGAAAGCCGGUGACAUCCUGAGUGAGAGGAAAUACAGACAACACCCCGACAAGUUCCCCUUCACCUCUAUCGACGACCACCCCGUCAUGAUGCAGGCCAAAGUCAACCAGCUUCAGAGGAGUGAUCUGUUCUACAAGAGAGGUCUGGAGAAGAUCCACCAGAAGUACUCUCUGCCUGCUGAUCUCCCCGAGUUCCAACAGGCCAAGUGCAACGCCUACAACAUCAGCAAGAACUGCUACAAGCAUGCCUGGGAGGAGUUGAUUGCUAAAGGUUAUGACCUGAAGUCUGACGCUAUCUCCAUUGUCGUUGCCAAAGCUGCCAGACAUGCUGCCAGUAAUGUCCAGUAUAAAAAGGCUUACGAGAAGGCCAGAGGCCACCACGUGGGCUUCCGCAGCAUCCAGGACGACCCUCUGCUGGUUCACUACAUGGCGGUGGCCAAGAUGCAGAGCGAAAAGAACUACAAGAAGGACUACCACAAGGCCAAGCUGAAGUAUCACACCCCAGUGGACAUGCUGAGCGUGGUCCACGCCAAACAUGCCUCUGCUGUGCAGACCUAUGCUGGCUACAAGCAGCCCAACCACAAGUACUCCCUGCUGCCCGACGCCAUGAGUGUGGGCCUCGCUCGCAACAUGAACUACAAUGCCAGUGAUGUUAACUAUAAACAGGAUUAUGAGACCUCAGUCAAGGGAAUCGGCUGGGUUCCUAUUGGUUCCCUGGAAGUGGAAAAAGCCAAGAAAGCAGGGGCAGCUCUGAAUGAGAAGAAUUACCGCCAGCACCCUGACACCUUAAAAUUCACCAGCACCGUUGACUCCAUGAGCAUGGAGCUGGCCAAGACCAAUGCCAAGAUCAUGAAUACGAAAGAGUACAAGGCCAGUGGAGAGAAGUUCAUGCACACUUACCAUCUCCCCGCUGAUCUUCCUGAAUUGAUGCAAGCCAGAUACAACGCCGUCAACAUCAGCAAGAAUUGCUACACCUAUGCUCAUCGUCAAGAUCUGCUCAAAGGACAUCAUGUGAAGGAAGAUGCUAUUUCCAUUGUUGCAGCGAGAAGCUCCAGAGACAUUGCCAGCGAUUACAAGUACAAGCUGGCUUACGAGAAGGCCAGAGGCCACCACGUCGGCCACCGCAGCAUCCAGGACGACCCUCUGCUGGUUCACUACAUGGCGGUGGCUAAGAUGCAGAGCGAAAAGAACUACAAGAAGGACUACAACAAGGCCAAGCUGAAGUAUCACUCCCCAGUGGACAUGAUGAGCGUGAUGCACGCCAAGAAGGCCUCUGCUGCUCAGACUAUGACUGGAUACAGGAAGAUCCAGCACAGUUACUCUCUGCUCCCUGAUGCCAUAAACCUGCAACAGGCUCGCAAAAUGCAGUUCAUCGCCAGUGAUAACCAGUACAAGAGUGAUUAUGACAGCUUCAUGAAGGGAAUAGGAUGGGUUCCUAUUGGAUCGUUCGAUGUUGAGAGAGCAAAAACAGCUGGAAAGAUCUUCAGUGAGGCCCGGUACCGUCAACUUCCGAAUAAGUUCAAAUUCACUAAGGACAUGCACUCCAUGGAUCUGACACUGGCCACUGCCAACAACCAGAUAAUGAAUAAGCAAUCCUACAUCACCGCCUGGGAGAAAGCCAAGACUUCCAUCCACAUCAUGCCUGAUGCGAUGGGCAUUGUUCUUGCCAGAGGAAACAAGAAGAACGUCAGUGAG